CAUGUGGAAUAAGCAACGAGUUUUUAUGCAACGAUCAUGUGGCAUAUUUUUUACGGUUGUUAUGCUUCAUCAAUUUUGCAUAUUUCUCAUCAGAACGUAAAUGACAUCAUUAUAUUACGUUAUAUUAUUGGGUGUCGCCGAAGAUGACUUUCACUAAAUAAUGGGAAAUUCCUUAUUUACAUACAUUGACAUAACAGAGUACACAAUACCAUAACAGAAUUGUACAGUAGCAACUAUAAAAGCCAGCCCUCCUUACAGUCUAAACUGGAUGCAAAGCGUUUAGUUGACUUCGCUUGACUUGAGUGAAUGUUUGUCGUAAUUCAGCUGCAUCAGUCAUGGAUUUUUUUGUGGGUGUAGAUGUGGGAACAGGAAGCGUUCGAGCAGCUCUGGUGGCUUCAAAUGGAAAAUUAAUAAAAGUGGCUACAUGUCCACUCGAAAUCUUUCAUCCUGCCCCAAACUUUUACGAACAAUCCUCUGAAAACAUUUGGAGCGCUGUGUGCCAUGUUGUCAAGUCAGUUGUUGCUGAUAUCUCAGCAGAAGAUGUUAAAGGAAUUGGUUUUGACGCCACUUGCUCAAUGGUGGCUAUAGAUAAAACAGGCUCACCAGUAACAGUCAGUCUUACAGGACAGGAGAAACAGAAUGUCAUACUAUGGAUGGAUCAUAGAGCGCAGGAGGAAGCCAAUUUUAUCAAUUCUACAGGCCACGAUAUACUGCAAUAUGUAGGCGGCAAAGUUUCUCUCGAGAUGCAAACACCAAAAAUGCUGUGGCUGAAAAAAAAUUUACCUGCUUCCUGGAACUCUGUAGCGCUACUGUUUGAUCUACCAGAUUUUUUAACAUGGAAGGCAACCGAAUCGGAAUCACGAUCGUUGUGUUCGUUAGUAUGCAAGUGGAAUUAUAGCGCCAAUCCUGAUGGCAAGAAUGGAUGGGAUGAGGAUUUCUUCGACCAACUUAAUUUACGGGACUUAAAGAAAGAUAAUUGGAGAAAAAUAGGUAAUAAUGUACGAGUCCCCGGCGAUGCGAUUGAAUCUGGAUUAUCAACGAAAGCUGCGGCGGAAUUGGGAUUAUUGAAAGGUACACCAGUGGGAACGUCGCUGAUUGAUGCACACGCCGGUGGCCUUGGCAUGGUCGGGUGUUAUGCGCCAGACGUGUCUUCGAAUUUCUCCAAUCGACUGGCUUUGAUUUGCGGUACAUCGACGUGUCACAUGGUUGUAAAUGAGAACAAGAUAUUUGUACAAGGCGUUUGGGGCCCAUAUUAUAGCGCAAUGGUGCCUAGUUUCUGGCUCAACGAAGGUGGUCAAAGUGCUACUGGAAAGCUCCUUGAUCACGUCAUCGAUACGCAUCCCGCAACGCCAGGAAUCCUGAAAAGUUUAGCUGGAAACAAACACAUUCAACAAUACUUGUCGGAAUUAUUGCACGUAAUGGCUGAGCAGAAAAAUCUACAGAACGUAUCGUACCUGACGAAAGAUAUACAUGUGUGGCCUGAUUUUCACGGUAACCGUUCGCCUCUUGCUGAUCCAAGUCUUAGAGGAAUGGUAUCCGGAUUAUCCUUAUCUGUGGAUCAAGAGAACUUAGCGUUAUUAUACUUAGCAACAGUACAGGCGUUAACGUAUGGUACGAAGCAUAUAAUUGAAACCUUGACGGCUGCCGGCCAUAACAUCGAGACUAUACUGGUUUGUGGUGGUCUUAGUCAGAAUCCGCUGUUUAUUCAAAUCCAAGCCGACGUGUUGGCGUUACCAGUACUCUGUCCUGUGGAACGAGAAUCAGUUUUGAUCGGCGCGGCGAUCCUUGGAGCAUGUGCCACGAAAAAAUAUUCUAUGCAAGAGACUAUCAAAAGAAUGGCAGGAUUAGCAAAUAUAGUGAAACCAACGAGCGAAUGUUACAAAUAUCAUCUUCGAAAAUAUCACGUAUUCAAGAGAAUGGUUCAGGAUCAACAAGAAUACAGGAAAUUAAUGAGCGAAGAAUUAUAGUUCAAUCUCUUUUACCUUUUUAGCCUAAACGAGUUAAGAAUAGGCUGUGUUCGAUGAAUAUUUUCGCAAUUGGUAGUUUUAGUAAAGAUAAACGUUCUGCGAAUAUUCGAUAAACUUUCAUAAAGAAUCUCUGAAACUAAAAUGUGAACGUUGUAUAAAUUUUAAAAUAACUUUAUUGGUACAAAUAUUGGAAAAGAUACCAAAUGGAUAGUAGUAUAGUGGUACAUAAUUAUAAUUGUUAAUUUAGCACAGAAAACAGUACUUUGUGACGACAAGACACUGUUUUCUGUAGUUGAUCUAAUCCUACUAUCUAAAAGAAGACAAUGCUUUUAUUAUAUUACAUAUUUUUAUAUUCAUUUAAUUUUUGAUCUACUUUGUAAUAUAAAAAUAGACCAAUAUAUAGAAUAUAUAGAAACUUGUACACAGAAAAUAUUCCAUGUAAUAAAACUAUAUUACGAUCUGUA